AUGUCGACGGCCGAGCUUUUGAUUGGACAGAUGGCGGGGGAAAACGAAGUUGACCCAGUGUUGUUUCGUCCAGACCAGCACUCCCUCUCCCAGUUUCCACAAGCUGGCAUCCACGGCGAUGCCCUGUUCUAUCCGCUGUCCGGGCUGUCGGGAGAACACAAGGGUUAUCAACUCGAGAGGUCAGACGGGAGUCUGUAUCCAUUCGACACAAGCCUCCUGUUCCCCCCGACCGAACUGAAUCCGGCGUCCUCUACGUCUGCUAGUUCAUCCAACUUUGUCAGCCAGACGCCGGCGUCGAGCGUGCUUUCCGCAGAGGAUGGAUCCGACAAGCCGAAGAAGACGCCCCCCGCUAAACGAAAAAAGAGUUGCACGACAAUAAAAUCAACCAAAAAGAAGACGCCGACGGAAACACUGGCCAAGGCGGUGCCGAAGACCCGGACACAGCCCAAGCGCGGAGCAACCAAGGUCACCAACAAUACAAUCGAAGUGCAGACGGAGGAAAACAAGCCAAAGCAUCGUCGCCAGCGGUCCCUAGAAAAAAACCGUGUUGCCGCUUCAAAAUGUCGAAAACGCAAGAAGCAGUGGACUGAAAACCUAGAACAGAAGAAAUCGGGGCUGGAAUCCGUCCACGCCGAGCUCCAGUCGGAAUACAUGGAACUUCUGCAAGAGACGUCUGAGCUGAAGAACUUUUUGAUAAGCCACGCGAGCUGCCAAGACCCCAAUAUUGAUAUUUGGAUAAAGAACGAGGCCUCGAAAUAUGUUCGCAACCUUGACAAUGCAAGUCGCGUCAACUCGAUCCAUUCGUUGCCGAGCCAAGACGGCGAUGCUUUUACUUCACGACAUGCAUCGAUCCCCAGCGCGAUGGGCGGGCUCUCCCGAGAAUCAACGGAUCGCGAAACCGAGGACCCGAACAGCGGCGAAACCGAGGACGAGGAAGGUGCCUUUGAAGGGGACUUUGAGGACUGA